AUGGCCACGCUUCUCUUUCUCGUCUCGUCAACGACCCUUCCAUCAAGAGUCUCUAGACUCAAAGAUUCUCAAGAUAUUCUACUAUGCUACAUCUCAAAAGUUCUGACCAGACCCUUUCAACUUCACCGGACAAUCUCAACGUCUAGCCCCUGGAGUGCGGCGCCAGGCGUUACAAGAGCAACCCACAGAAUGGAGAAGCCAUCUCGGAAACGCCAGGCCAACCGUGACAGCAUGGGCGAUGCCGUCUUGAACGAGCGGCCGAUUCUGCCGCCUGAUGCCGAAUG